UAUACCUAGAUAAGAUCGGACAGGUAUUUAAGACAGCGUGGAACACCUGUACAACAUUGGCGGAUUUUUACCUCAGCUCAUAUAGUCUUUGAAAACUCUAACAAAAUGAACAAGAACACGUGCAGUAUUGGUUUGGGCAAGUUGAGGAAGCUCAGUAUGGCAUAUCUACAAGAUGUCCUCCUCAACCUAUACAACGUCAAGGUCAAGAUGGAAAGCAGCAAGAAAAGUUUCCAAUCGGACGAAGAGCUUCCGACAACCCGCGCCACUGACAUGCAAGGCGCAAAGAGCCACAUAUGCAAACGAUUGCGACUAAUUUUUCCUACGCAGGCAAAAAAAUCUGAUGAAUUUGAGGAAAUUUGUGAAAAUAUUAUGGAAAGCAAAUGUGUACGAGACAUGAUGGAACAACUUGAAAAGACUGGAGAGGAAGCCAUGGGCGUCGUUAAAGCCUGGGGUGUUGAGAACGCGCUAUACGUCGGGAUAAUUCCUAUGACAGCUGGUCCUAAUGUCAAGGCCAUGUUCGAUGCGACAGCGGAUGUGGAGCGAGAUCGCCUAUACCUACACUGGGACAACAGCCUCUCCGACAAUCUCAUCGCGGCGGUCACCCAGCUCGCCCAGCUUCUCAGGAACGAAGGGAGACAGCCAACGCCCAUGGAGUAUCUAAGCUUUCACCUGGCCUACUACGGUAUAUCUAACGGGGAAGUGGUCCAACAGGACAACGCCCGUUGUCUAGGGACACCAGGGUUCCGUCCGUACACACAGACCUACAUGUCCUUGACUGAUCCGGGAGAUGGUCACAUGAUCGGAACAACUAAAUCGAAUGAUUGGAUGAAAGGUGCCAUUGUACACGUGGAGCACUUGGAAAGGCCGAGGCACUUGCCUCGUGAAAAAAUCGAAUCUUAUCGCAUCCCCUCAAUCUUGGACUUUUCAAAAGUUCGACUUCAUGUUGGUACUCAAGCACCUACAACUUACUUCGUUGGUCGACGCGUAAAGGAUUCUGGAAACUUCAGCGAGGACUUCCUGAAAUUGGUAAAUAUCACGGCGGCAUCGGCCACAGCUGCGUUCUAUCAGGGAGCGGCAGAGUGCAAGGUGUCGAUGGAGGGGCUGAGCACGUCACAGGCCGUCCAAUACAUGCAGGCACUCAGGGGUCAGGUCCAGCGGAACCGGAAACAGUUCUUGUCAGCAGCAUGGAAUCUCAACCAGGUCAUUACCGACGACUUUGAGCAGGGUGAGACCAAGAUGCUUAAAGACAGAAUGAGCAUUGCAUUGCGAGCCAUUGAUAUUACAUACCAAGGAGGUUUUAACAAGAUCACGUGGGACGGAGCCAGCGACACCUACCCGUCCAAGUGUAUCAUGUACCAGUUCACUGUCCCGGAAGCUCUCACCGUAGUACACGAGGCACACAUGAGGGGACUCGUUACCUACUUUUCAGCAGGUUUCAAAUUCAAUGAAAUCAAGUUGGCCGUGUACGCCGGUGUUGACGGGAUCGGCAUCGGUGGUGCACAAGUACUGCGGUUUAUGGACAGCCAGACCGGGAUGCACGGGCCGUAUAUGGAGGAGAACAUUCCCAAAAUACUGAAAAGUCGCGAUGAGGCAUCCAAGUCUGUUCAGGGAAGAGCUGUUCAUAUCCUUGCCAGACUGGACACCAUGUAUUUUGAAGGAUCAAUCUCUAGCGACCAGGACCGUUUACGGCGCGAGCUAUUUACGGAACUUCUGAACGAGAAUUUCACCAGAACAGAGUACCUGUUGCAACUCCUCAAACCCGUCAGCAAGAUGGCGGAUGAAGGCAAUAGCCCCUUGUUGGGGUUAGCUAAAAGACUCAUCGACGCUGCAUCUCCCGUGCUGAAGGAUCACUUUGAAUCGAAUGACGAAUGGAAUUCGUUUAUAAAAGAUCUCAAAAGCAUGUAUUUGUCGAAGGAUGAGAAUUCCCUGGUGGAUGAAUACGAGAGUGAUCCCUGGCUCUGUGCCAGGAAACGGUACAGGGAGUCACAAAAUGCCGACAAAAGGCGGUUCACCAGGCAAUCGUCAUACGAUAUCCACUGUAAAUGUUUCAACUAACUCACUCGACAGAUUUGAGCUUAUUAAGACUGUAGGAUUUGGCAAUUUCAUCUAGGUAUUCUAUUCUAUCUGAGUAGAUGCUUAAUGUCAGUGAUAUUCGGCGCGAAGUGAACACAUGUUUUUUCAGCAGGUGUGAACAAAAGGUCCACCGUUGUAGCGGGACGGAUGAACUUGUACCUGUAUAUUAUGCGUUCGAGGCGUCAACAUUUAAAGGUUGUGCAUAAUAGUUUCUCCAUUAACCUAUUUGCUGCUAAACAGUUGAGUUUUGAAGCCGUAAGUUUACAUUUUAUUUAACGUCUUCAAAUUGUACGAUGCUUCGUAAAAUCUAUACGUUAGUAUAUAAUGCUGUUUAUUUGUUUUGUUAUAUUUUGAAAUAUUGUCGCUUACUAGUUUCUCUAUAGUUUCUAUUUUGAUACAGAAUUUCUUAUUGUAAAUUUCGUAUUUAGUUAAGUUACUUUCAAGUGAAUUUAAUAUAAACAUUUUAAUGUGAUAAUGUGAAUAUUUAUACGUUGUAUUCCAUAGUUGACCUGACCUGACAUUAUUGUUUUGUGGUCCAGUGGUAGAUCGGACUACAGACAGUAUGUACCACAAAUCCACACUGACGUCUUUCAUAUUUGUUUUAGUUUGUAAUCGUUGCCUAUAUCUUGUUUAUUUACUUAUUACUCUUAUUAAACAUUUAUUAUCGUUUAUUUUUCCUUAAAUCUGUUAAAUUUUGUCUUUAUUGAAAGUAUAAAUCGAUUGAUAAAUUGUCAAAGAACAGUCUGUUUGGGUUUUUUUGUUACAAAGAAUGUUUUUCUAUUACAAAUGUAUAUUAUAUAACGUGCUUUUGAUGUUAUUGUUUGGAGCUGACUGCUUCACUUGUACAAAACAGUUGUUUAUAAUAAAUCCUUUUUCAUAGAA